CAGGAGGCUGACUCUGUGACUCCCGGUGGAUGGGACUGGGGAGUGAGAGUCAAGCCCUGGCUGAUUGCGGGGCGCUCGGACUCAGCAUGGAAAGUCUCUUCGGGGUCCUGGGGUUUCUGCUGCUGGCUUCAGGACUGCCGCGCCAGGAGGCCAAACGAUUUCGUGAUGUGCUGGGCCAUGAGCAGUAUCCAGAUCACAUGAGGGUGCACAGCCAAUUACGUGGCUGGUCUUCUGAUGAAAAUGAUUGGAAUGAGAACUUGUACCCAGUGUGGAAGAGGGGAGAUGGCAAGUGGAAGAACUCCUGGGAAGGAGGUCGUGUGCAAGCGGUCCUGACCAGUGACUCACCAGCUCUGGUGGGUUCCAAUAUCACAUUUGUGGUGAACCUGGUGUUCCCCAGAUGCCAGAAAGAAGAUGCCAAUGGCAACAUCGUCUAUGAGAAGAACUGCAGAAAUGAUUUGGGGUUCACUCCUGACCGAUAUGUCUACAACUGGACAGCAGGGGCCGAGGACGGUGAUUGGGAAGGCAGCACCAGCCAAAGCCAGCACCUUGCAUUCCCUGACCGGAAGCCCUUCCCUCGGCCCCACGGAUGGAAGAAAUGGAGCUUUGUCUACGUCUUUCACACACUUGGUCAAUACUUCCAAAAACUGGGUCGGUGUUCAGCACGGGUUUCUGUAAACACAGUCAAUAUGACACUUGGCCAUCAGGUCAUGGAAGUGACUGUAUUUCGAAGAUAUGGCCGAGUAUACAUUCCCAUCGCGCAGGUGAAAGACCUGUAUGUGAUAACAGAUCAGAUCCCCAUAUUUGUGACCAUGUCCCAGAAGAAUGACCGGAAUGCAUCUGAUGAGACCUUCCUCAGGGACAUCCCCAUUGUGUUCGAUGUCCUCAUUCAUGAUCCCAGCCACUUCCUCAACGACUCUGCCAUUUCCUACAAGUGGAACUUUGGAGACAACACUGGCCUGUUUGUCUCCAACAAUCACACUUUGAAUCACACGUAUGUGCUCAAUGGAACCUUCAAUCUUAACCUCACUGUGAAAGCGGCAGUGUCUGGGCCGUGCCCUUCACCUUCACCCACACCGCCAACACCCAGCCCCUCUUUAAUGCCUACAGGUUACCCCUCCGUGGAGCUGAAUGCCAUUUCCAAUGAAAACUGCCAGAUAAACAGAUACGGUUACUUCAGAGCUACCGUCACAAUUGUCGAGGGAAUCAUAGAAGUCAACAUCAUCCAGAUAGCAGAUGUUCCAGUGCCCAUGCCCCAGCUUGACAACCCCCUGAUGGACUUCACUAUGACCUGCAAAGGGGCCAUUCCCACGGAAGUUUGCACCAUCGUCUCUGACCCCACCUGCCAGAUGGCUCAGAAUAGGCUCUGCAGCCCCGUGGCUGUGGGCGAGCUGUGCCUGCUAUCAGUGAGAAGAGCCUUCAAUGGGUCUGGCACAUACUGCGUGAACUUCACUCUGGGUGAUGAGCUAAGCCUAGCCCUCACCAGCACCCUGAUCUCUAUCCCUGGCAAAGACCCAGCCUCCGCUCUGAGAAUGGUGAAUGUUACCUUGAUCUCCAUUGGCUGCCUGGCCGUGUUUGUUACCAUGGUCACCAUCUUGCUCUACAAAAAACACAAGGCAUACCAGUCUAUAGGAAACUGCCCCAGGAAGAUGGGCAAAGGCAAAAGCCUGAGUGUGUUCCUGAGCCACGCAAAAGCCCCGUUCUUCCAGGGGAACCAAGAGAAGGAUCCGCUGCUCCUGAGCAAGCCGGGCAUGUCCUAAGUUUUCAGCCUGAUUUCUGACCGGGAGCCUGCUCCAGUGUGUUUUCGUGAGCUGUGCAGAAGCAUGUGACUGGUAACUCGUUUCCGAGGGAUUAUUGUAAAAUAUGUAUCAUGGUUUAGGGAGGUUCAUUAAAUGGCAUUUUAGAGGAGGGAUGAAAUGACUUAGUGUUACCUCCCAUUUGUGUUGUGGUUUUUACACUGUUAGUGGGGAAGGGCAGCUAAAUCUGAAGAGUGAGGGAGAAGUCAGGGAAGACUCCUGAAGGUCCUAGGUUAACUGGGAGAGGAGACUGCAUGCCUCUCCACCUUCCACAUAACCAUGUGCAUGAAUCCAGCUAGUCCUGACCUCAGGACCAGGCUCCAUCUUACUGCCCCAGCUCACUGAACCGCCUGAGCUCCUGGCAGAACAAUGAUACAUGCUUUUUGUAUGGCGUGCAUGUGUGACUGUUAUACUCAUUAAAAAGACAGUCUAAUAAGCUGGCGUGAUUAUUCUAUCAGGGUGAAAACUUUUCUCGUCUAGUUGAAUGACAUACCCAUCCAUUCAUUUAUCCAUGAACAUUUAUUUAGUGUUUCUGUAUACCAACCAUGAUGCUGGGACUUGGUCUUACAUCAGAGUUGAUGCUCUUUUGUGCACAUCUGGCUCUUGGUACAUGCUAGUGCACAGAUGUGGAGUCCUGUGCUAUAUGUGGAAUCAUGUGCUAUGGCUUUCUAAGGGAGGCUACUUCUCUUCCUAACAGUUUCUGUGUGAAAAAUCGUACAGGAAAUAAUCCAGGAUCUCACCUCUAUUUGUAAAUAAAAUUCUAUGCCAUAUGUUAGACAGAACAAUCUUUUUUCUCCUUCCUGAAAAAACAAAAUAUGGGAAGAGAUGAACCCUUGUUAUUAUUUUUCUAAUGCAUUGUUUGCUUUUCAAUUACAUUUAUGA